AUGGAUUCAGAAAUCGUAAAAGACAAACCUCUUACAAAAGAAGAGACAAAGUCUUUGCUUGGACUAAUAGAAGGUAUUGAGACUGUGGCCGCUGACUACCAAGUGUUGGAUGUAGUUGACCAAAAUUUAAUAAUUCCUAAUAAAACCAAGAGGCUUACAUUUGGUAAACCUAGAGCAGUGAAAAAGAAAUUUAAGCCAGAUGAGAACAGGACAGCCAGGAACACUGCAAAAGCUGAAUAUUAUUCAGCGAAAAAACAAUGCUUGGAUGCCAAAUUAAAUAAUAUUAAUUUAGAAAAUGAUUAUUUAAAACUAAAAAAUGUAGAACUUAAAUUGAAUAAUGAAAAGCUUACGUUAGAGACUGAGAAUUAG